CCACAAAGGUUGAACCACAAGGGACUCUCCUCCAGCCACUGUUGAGGUAUUGUGGGGUACACAGGCCAUAAUAUUACUGCCCCAUUUCAUUAGAGUUGAUGGGACAAUUUACAAUGGAGAAGGAAUAUACUUACUUCUCUUUGAGGACCAUCUUGGGCUUUUUACUUGUGUUUUUGUUCCAGAGAUCUACUGAGGCUCAGAUGUGCUCCAGUGAAAAGGUGACAUCUAUUAAAGAAAACAAUGUUGUUGGUGCUGUUGUGACCACAAUCACCAGACAAGAUGGAGUGACUUUGACUUUAACCAGUAAUCCUGCAAACUCUUUUGAAAUGAAUGGCAACAAUCUUACAGCGGCCAUAGUUUUAGAUUUUGAGAAUACCAAGCAAUUCACUGUUACCAUUGAAUGCAAAAGAAAUGAAGAAAUUCUCCCUCUAGACAUAGUGAUAAUUGUUGAAAAUGUGAAUGAUAACGAACCAGUAUUUGGCCAAAGAGAGUACACUCUCAAUGUCUCUGAGUUAUUACCCAUAGACUCAAAAGUUGGUACAAUUGAAGCAACGGAUGCAGAUGCAGACCCACUCAUUUACCGCCUCGAGCCCAGUACAACAGGUUUUAAACUGCAAGGUAACAGCCCAAACAUACUAGUGCAAAAAGUCCUUGACUAUGACACAGUCAAAAGGGUGACACUUACAUUGUAUGCUCAGGACAGCCCCACAUCCACGCCACCCUCAUUCACUGCCACUGCUACGAUACAAGUCAAUAUCUUGGACGUUAACAACCGUCCGCCAUGGUUCCAGCCCUGCAACGAAAUAAUAGAAGGCAUGUCAAAAAUCUGCCUCAACUCUGGAUACAAAAGCAAGGUCAACCUUACAGAGCAAGAGGUUGGUCCGUUGCAACUGAAGCCCGGUCCACUGUAUGCCAUUGAUGGUGACAAAGGCAUAAAUGUGCCAAUAAGGUACAGAUUUGUAGCCGGGAAUGAAGCUGAAAUAUUUCAGAUCAGUGAAAACACUGGAAACAUCACCAUGUUGAAAGCGAUGGAUGUAGAGGGUCCACUAACCUUGACAGUUAUGGCUACAGAAAUGACCAAUGCUGACCACUUUGCGACGACAACAGUCAAUAUCGUUGUUGUGAACAAGAGUAAGAACCCGCCACAGUUUGAAAAGAAAGAAUACGAGGGCUUCAUCUCAGCAGAUUCUGGUAUCAACAGCAUGGUUCUGGAUGGCAAAUCAUCAAACAGACCACUCAGGGUCCAGGCCAAGGAUGCAGACUUUGCUGAUGGAUUCAAUUCGAACAUUAGAUAUGAGGCUCAGGAAGGAAGAGGUUUCUCAAUCACCCCACAAGGCUUCAUCCUGAUGUCGCAAAACCUUGAGCCAGGCCCUGUUUCCUUGCAACUGAAAGCCAUCGACUCUUCCAAUGAAGAAUCAAGUAUAGCAAUGCUCAUGGUAGAGGUCACGCCAGGGAUUACAACUAUAGCCCCAACCACUGGAAUGGCCUCCACUGAAAUGGCUACAACUAAUAUGGCAACCACUGAAAUGGCUACCACUGAAAUGGCCACAACUAAUAUGGCAACCACUGAAAUGGCUACCACUGAAAUGGCCACAACUAAUAUGGCAACCACUUAUAUGGCUACCACUGAUAUGUCCAGCACUGAUACGGCCACUACUAAAAUGGUCACCAGUGAAGUGGCUACUGCCAUCCCCACCACCUCCACAUCAGACAGGGUACUUGGAGCCCCAGGUGGGUACGGCCCUGGAGAGAUGGCUUCCCUUGGUGUUAGCCUGGCUGUGUUACUGGUCGUCGCUUUGGUCAUCAUUGGCCUGCUACUCUUCCGGAUCCAGAAAAGCAAGACGGCUUGGAGGAAGCUUUCAGAAGCCAGCAUCUUCCGUAGCUACCUGGGGAAAGGUCCAGGCGAGCUUAAGGACGGGGUGCAGUACACUAACGAAGGUUUCCAGAACGACGAGGAUAAUGGCAGCGUAGGAUCCAAAGGCCCAGAUGAGAAGGACGGGAUGAAAGCAAGCGCUGGGAAUCAGGUGACCCCCAAAGCUGUGGACGAAAUGAUUACAAAGGUCUCCGCUCCACUCUACACCAACCUUCUGUCUGUCACAAGCAGUCUGGCAGAUUCUGACAAGGCCGACAGUGAGAAGGAGGUGAAGCCCAUCCUCACGAAGGAGAGGCGCAUGGAGGAAGGCUACAAGUCUGUUUGGUUCAAAGAGGACAUCGACCCCAAUGCCAAGGAGGAAGUUGUUAUCAUACCUGACAACGAGGAGCAGGAAAGUGAUGACAACGACGACGAUGAUGAUGAUAAGGAAGAGGACCAGUCUAAAGAGGAGGAAGUAGAUGACAACUUGUCACCCCAGACCCCAAAUGUGUUCUUCUCUGAUGACUGGGACAAUAAACCCAGGGCAAGGUUUGAGGAUUCUGAAGACGAAGAAAUGCAGACAGAUGACCUGUGAGAAUUAGAGGAGGUGGGCUUGAUCUGAAUUCAGCUUACUGUGUUUGGUUGGGCAUGUGGGCUUUACAUACCUUUUUUUGUAGGUGUGACCGCAAGAAAUGCACAAGGAUCGCUCCAAAGCUGAAACAUCACACUAAUCAACACUCAAAUAUUUACUGGAAAACACGUCAACAAUUGUGUUGCUUUGUUGUCAAACCUGGAAACACGUAGUCCCGCCAUAUUGGCUCAAUAUAGCUUAGAGAUUUGACCCUGGCGGAUUUAGGAGUAAUACUUCCUUGUUGCUAACUGAAACUAUGCCUGUUAAUCAGUUACUCACUUUAUUUCUAGACAAAGUUCUAUGGGACAUUCAGUAGGGUUGUCAUAAACAUUAGUUGGCUAACUUGAAAAAAUUGGUUAUUCCUCAAUUUAUGGCUUUAGUUGUUGGAUUUUUUGUUAAUACUAGUUGGACAAUGGACAAUAAAUAAUAAUAACAAAGAUCUGAUGGUAUGAUUUCAAAAAGAUAUCUAACUAAAUCAUCCCACAUGAAUUUGCUAAUGAGGUCAGCUGAACUGUUUGUGCUUGUUUAUGAUAAGGCCUUGGUUACCAGACGGCAGGGCAGUAAAGAGCAAUAGACUGACGCAUACAAGUGUACUGUUAUACUCUAAUCAAACAAUCCAUAUACAAUAAUCAUAAAUGUUGCAUCUUUGUGACUUCAUCUUAACCCAUUACAAACCAAGGGGACAAAAAGUCCACUUCCCCAGCUAAUCCAUAGUGAGGACUUGAAUCAAUAUCUUAUUGUUUUAUUUAUCACUGCAGUGUUUAUAUGUCAAAUUGUAUUAAAAACAUUGUGUGGGAGGCUAAUUCAUUGUUAGUAACAUUACUAGUAUUGUAAUAUUUUAAGUAAAAUGUAUUGUUCAAAUAUGAAGGUAUAUGCAUGUAGCCUAAUAUCCUCUUAACUUAGAAGAAUAUGCAUACAAAUAUACUAAGGAAGAAAAUCAUGUAAAGCCUAUUGAGGACCAAAAAUGUAUAUAUGGUUGAUAGAAUUUUGAUGCAGAAUGGGAAGGCUCAAAGGAAAUACAUUUUGUUAUGGCAACAGCAAAACCAUAACAAAUCCUGAUAAACAAGCUGUUCUUGCAACAUCACAGCUACACCCAAUCAGCGGCAUUUACUCUGAAAGGACACAACAUACAUAUGAAUGCCAAAUGUCUGGGUCUUAAGUCUUUAUUCUAUUUAUUUACAGUACUGUGCAAAAGUCUUAGGGACCUGAAAGUCGAAGUAAGACCAUUUCCUUGGAUAGAGUUUAAAUUAAUAUUUAUAUUAAUUACACAAUAUCACUCACUAUCUGAAAAAAAAGAAAAUAGUUUGACUUUCAGGUGCCUAAAACUUUUGCAUAUUUCAACAAAGAAAAAAAUCCAUUGGAGGUAAUGUUCAACUAUCAAAAUUAACCUACUCAUUUAAAAGAAUCCAACAUUAAAUGCUGAGAAAAAUUCUAUAAUUUUGAGUUUUUCUGUCUCUUUUUCUUGUUUUACAACAUUUGUUAUUAUAAAUGUAUAAUUUUAAUUUAUUAAAGCACAAACAUUUAAGUUCACUGGACAGGGCUAUCUAGAGCAAGUUUUAAUAUUCUUGAUUACAAUUAGCAAAGAAAACUGUAUAAAAUAAAUAAUACAGAGAAUUGGGGAAAAUAAAAUUCUUUUUUACGGUUAUGGUAACUCACAUAAUAAAAGAGAAUGUAAUAUUCUGCAAUGGCCAAUCACCUGAUCAAGCAUGCAUUUCACUUGCUGAAGACAAGACUUAAGGGAGAAGGAUC